GCAAUUUUUGAGUUGUGUGCUGGAGAGGAAAAUGUUGUUGAAGACUUGGAACUGCUCCUGGCUACAUAUCGCAACUCUCUUUUAAAUCUACGAAUUUUAACUGAAGAUGAAGUAAAUUGUAUCUUCGGUGAUUUAGGACCUAUAUUAGCAGCUCAUCGACAGUUGAAAGUCCAACUCCAUGCUCUGAGGGAUGCCAAUGGGGUCACACAUGCUAUAGGUGACACAAUGGUUGCGUGGAUCCCAACUCUAAAGCACUAUGUUGGCUAUUGUUCAAAUCAAGUUUGGGCCCGUGCCUUACUUGAUGAGAAAAAGGCUACAAAUAAAAGAUUCCAGGAUUUUCUCAGACGUUGCUUGGAAUCCUCCUUCAGUCGCAAGUUGGAUUUGUGGAGUUUCCUAGAUGUUCCACGCUCGAGACUUGUGAAGUAUCCACUUCUUCUCACAGAAAUUCUACGGUUGACUCCUCCAAGUCAUGUUGAUGCACUUGUGUUGCCUCAUGUAUCUACUGCUCUCAGUUCUUUGCUGAGACAGGUAGAUAUGGCAACUGGCUCUGCUGAGUGCAAGCGGACUCUUGAACGGUUACACUUUCCCCCUAGCACCCCAUCAGGUGCUUUACGAAGUGCUAAACGUCUUCUUGACAAAGCCAACAGUGUGAAGUGCUCUGGGGUACUCAGAGAUAAGCGUGGAGCGAAGUUGCACUGCUUCUUGUUCGACACAUGUUUUGUGGCAGCUAGGACAAUGAGGCCUGGUACCAAACUCAAUGCUUGUUAUCCUGUUAUUCCGGCUAAACAUUUAGAGGUCACAGAUUGUGCUUCUGAAAAUACACAACGUGCUCAAGACACUCUUUCUUUUAAUGUUGGCAGUAAGACAAAGGCUUCUGCUCUUUGCUUGAUGGCCACAGAUGAACAUGUCAAAAAACAUUGGAUUGAUUGUUUGACUCAGGUUGUAAAUGGUGCUGUGUUCUUGGAUGACUCUGAUGUUGAAGUAGAUGCUGGAGAUCAAGAGCCUGAUAUUGAAAAUGGAGACCAGGAAAAUAAAUCACCCAAGGGCUCCAAAAAGGAUUCUGUGAAGGAAAGGAAACUUACCAAAUCCAAAUCCGCUCGUACAUUAAGAAAGUCAAGGAGCAGUCUGAAGGAACUAUCUGACACUAAAUUGCAGCCAUCUCACAGAAGUAAUGGUAGACUUCAUCGCAUGAGUACGCGAAGUAGCAUUGACUGCCUUAUAUAGGUUGUGGGCUUAGCUCUCUCUCUUUAUAAAGUGAAAAAUAUAUAUUGUGGUUAUCAUAAUGCUCAAAUGUCCUUGUUAUAUAGUUCUAUAUAUUUCUACAUUGGUUUCUGCAUACAUUUGUAAUUGUAUGCAGUCAGUGUCAAGUUAUAAUUUUUUUUUCCUUUCAUAUGCUAUGUUUUGCUGGUAAUAACUUGGGUGCCAAUUAUGAACAUUUUCUAAGCUUUGUACAUAUGUGAAAAGAAGUCGCAUUUUGUUUUUUAUUCUAGUGACCUGUUACAUGGUUAAAUUUUCUAAAAUUUUGUUUGUAUUGUUUGUGAAUGAAGUACUCUAAUGAGUUAUCAAUUUCAUUUUUGUUUGUAGGAAUUUGAAUCUAAAUGUGUAUCUGCACCAAACUUCCAGCAGUCUCAAAGACAUAGGAGUUAGGACUGGUUUCAUUACGUAAUCACAAUGAAUUCAGGGAUUCAGUUUUGUAAAAAAAAGUUUAUUACCACUGCAAAUCGAUUUGACUUGGCAUGUUAUAUUCACUUCCUUCAUGUGAAGUUUUUAUAAAAAUUGUUUUGUUUGUUUUGGUGGGAUGCUGUAGCUUUUGCUUUAUCCUUCUUUUUCUGUUUCUAAGUUCACAUUUGGGCUGAAUAAGGUACAUCAUCCUUGACAUAAAUGUACUGUUGUUUACAUUUAUGUAAGUGCACAUACUAAAACAGUCCAACAUGAACUCUUUUGUAAAUAACGUUUCUUUCAAAGUUCUGUAUCAUUGUGUCCCCGUAAUAAUUUAUUCAGUUUUUCUGUCAGUAUUAUUAAUAAUAACAAUCAUUUAGCACCAGUAUUAUAUUGAACCAAAGGUUCUUCAGACUGGAUUACUAACAUUGUAUGUAUCCUCUUCAUCUUGUCAGUACAGUAGUUCAGUAUACUGUCAGUAUUUUUUUUUUUUUUUUCUCAUUUAGAGAACAAGUGCUAUUGACAGCAUUUUUCAUCUGCUAAUCUAUCUGUAAACAAAUUGCUGUUUUCCUGCAAAAUAUAUAGUAGUUUUUCUGA